AUGAAAAGACGAGCAGGAGAUGUAAUAAGAACUUCAUCAUUGAAUAGGCCAGUUGGAGCUAGAGCUCGGGAAGUAGCUGAAGAAUUUAUCUCAAACAAUCCCUUUUUCACAAUUUCGAUCAAGCCUGCUUAUCUGACAGCAGAUCGGCCGUAUGUACCAAAUUUACAAAGGGUUAUUGAGAACAAGAAGAGGAAUGUGAUGAUUCAGAUUGGUGAAAGAUCCUGGAAUCUGAAGUUGCUUCCUUGUUCCAAUAAUAUAAGGAGCCGUCGGCUUUCGGCUGGUUGGUCCUUGUUUGCAAGGGAAAGUGGUUUGCAGCCGGGAGAUGUUUGCAUCUUUGAACUGAUAAACAAGAAAGAUUUAGUUUUUAAAGUUCAUGUUUUUUAA